AUGGGGGACCAAGAGGCCAAGAGCGCCGAGCUCACGCGCAGUUUUCUGUCUUUCCGUAUGCUUAAGGAGGUGCUGCAAUCCACAAACAUCAAGGACGAUGAAGAGGCCGUAAUGGUCACACGCAUGUGCGUAGACCCUCGCCACGUAGAAGAGUUCGAGCGCUUACUUCGCAUGAUCCUCAAGACCACACACACCGUGGGUCACGUGUCCACGUGCGUGGUGCGUCCGCCACCUGGAGAGUUCACCUACACGUCGAUCGUCAAGUACUCUGGAUUACAGGCAAUGCGCCAGAUCUACCCAUCAACGGUCGAGAGCGGCGUGGACUUUUACAAACUAUUGGCAGCACGCGACUCGCUACUAUUGGAGCCCCCUACGUACCAGAUUGAAGCAGGUUUCGGCACUUGGAUCGAGUCGGACGGCAACACUAAACCCAUGAGAGGCGACGACCCCGAAGAAGAUGAAAAUCUCGUGUAUCAGAGCGUUCCUGGCCCGUGCUGCAACGAUUCGUGCGAGAAUCCACACGGACUGAACGUACGCGCGUCUUUUGUGGCUCCUACCAAGGAUUUCCAGCUCUUCCGACCGCGCUACCAGCGCAACAACAAGAAAGGAGGACAGAAGAACUUACGCUGCUUCCCUUGUUGUCGAAAUGGCCGCCACGUGAGCUCUGGCUUCUGUGGAGAUUCCAUCCGAGUGCACGUGGCUGUCAGUCGCGUGACGGAGUCAGGAGGAGUCAAGAUUUGCCCCAUUCAGACGACACGUCCGGCCGUGUUGGCCUUUGCACGCUUUCUGAACCUCGAGGGCACGUUUGACCAGACCGUCUCGGGGCCCGAGGUCUUCCCUGGACAGACUAUUGAGAAGACAGACGUGCUCGCGUGGGUGCGUGACAAGCAGCACCCGAUGAAUCCGCUGUUCCCUGGGAUUUUACGUGGUGCUGCUAUGGAGACCUCGUCUCAGUCAGCGAUCUUCGAGUUCAACGCCGAGUGCAAGGCCUGGCAUUACGGCUGGACUGCACCUCGUGGCCAGGGGCUAUCUGGGAGCGACGCGCAACAUGUAUUGGAGGUGCUGUUCAUGAAACCCAUGGGCUCUUACAUGUACUGUCUCGAGCGUCUACGCUCAGACGGCUUCUCUAUCUACUCCAGUCGAAGAGCUAGUCACGCCGCUAUCAAGCCCGAAGCCGAGGCUUUCGAGAACCAGGAGACGUUGGACGACAGAAAUCUCAAGCGAAAGCGUGCGACGCGGACAGGAGCAGCCUCGCCUUCAGCACAUGCACUGAUGUCUCAGCCCCCGGCAUCACCGGCGUCGACAGUUGUUUCCAGCUGUUUAAGUGCUUCCCCGAUCUUUUCGCCCUCUGAGGAAGACAUGACCAAUGGACGUCGUCCCAGUGUUUCUUCCUCCGCUGUGCGCAUGACGCCACCCUCGGCGUCUACUUGUACAGGUUUUGUGGACGUCACGUCGCCAAUGACAGAUGUACCGCCGUUCAAGAUGGAGAAUAUUUUCGGCUCGAUAUCCUCACCAAUGGCGGUAUGUCCUCCUGUGUCCUCUGUCCUUGUGGACAGCGCAUCGUCGGGCUUCGACUACCGUGGUCUUGACGACUUGAUGGGUGGUGGCGGCAUGUUACAGAACCCAGGUCUACAACAGCAACAGCCCCAGCAACUUAGGCACCAGCAGCAGCAGCUGCUCAUCGACCAGCAGAACCAACAGCUCCAGCGACACCAACGCGAGCAGCAAGAGUUGUUGCGGCACCAGCAGCAACUGAUUCAGCGACUGGCAGAGCAAAUGAUGAUCAGCCAGCAGCACCAACAGGUACAUAUGAACCACCUGCAAGUUCCCGGAGGACUUCAAACGCACUCAUUGUUCCAGGAGGAGCAACCAGCUCGACGAGUUGUCUCGACGGAGGAGCUGCCGUGGUCCGAGCUGUACAAUCUCUUUGACCCCACGCCUCUGUCGCCAUCGAGUACUGACGAUGAUCCUGACCACGACGAGGAGAGUCUUCCGAGCCCAGGGAGCAGCCCGGGACCGUCUUCUGUUGCCAGCUCGGGGAUGGCUUCUCCUUCUGUUGCGCGAACACAGCAGACCGUUUUGAAUUACUUAUAGCAUAGUUUAGAGUGAUAACGUCGAGCUUCCGCGUCGGAGGGUAUGAACGCACCGGGAAAGAAGACGAAGUCUUAAAGGCGAGGGGGGCAAGAAGAAGCAAAGGUGCAAGCGGAAGGUCAGAGCGCAACCCCA